AUGCCGAUUGGACUGGAGAUUCCCGACGCCGGGCUGUCUCUCCGCCCCGGAGAUCAGUCCGGUGACUCGGCCGCCAAACCAACCCAAAUCAUGCGGCUGAAUCUGGUCCAGAGUACCCUGGAUGAAUUGAUUCACAGCCUCCGAUCCGACUCACCGGCUCGAAUCCGCCUGGGCAAACACCCAUCCCUCCACUUCGCCGGCAAAUCCCAACCGUUCCACGCCUAUCCCGAAACCCAUCGGUCCGAGAUCUACCAUACCUCUCCCGGCAAACGGAAUCUUUAUUUUACGGGGGUGCUGAGCCACAGUCUAGAGGUGGAAAAGGCCAAGGAGGCCACCGCGGCCACCGACCAGGCCUUGGCCAAUCUCGAGGAAAGCCUCAAUGCCUUCGAGAGAGGCAAGGAGUCCAAGAAAACUCACAUCAUCCAGCACCCGGAUGAACUGAAGGCUCUUCGGGCGGCGAAUGCGGGCAGCACUGCUCGCCGGGCCCCGAAGACCAAGGCUGAGCUGGACAAGGAUCGAUUGCUCCGGACUGCGGCCAAUCGGUCCCUGACCUCCAGUCCAACUCUGGGGGGGCCCAACUCACCUGCCCCGGCCUUGACGCUAACCUCCGCCCCGUCUUCCCAAACAAAAGACACCGCUCGCCGAGAGGCUCUCAAGACCCCCUUUAUUCACCUUCUCGCCGUUCGUGCCGUCUCAACCAAGUUCCUGGCCCGCCAAACCUGUUCCAGCAUUGAAGAUUGUACCGCUCUGGCCCAGAAAUAUGGCGUGGAGAAUCGAAUCGACCGAGAGAAAUUUGAUCUCAAAGAUAAGAUCUACAAAGAUCUUGACGUGUGGAACUUCCCCUUCCCGAACCAAGAAGACCGACAGGCCGCCAUUGACCGAGCCAUUUCCGCCUUCGAUCGCAUGCGAAUCUCCAAGUCCGACAAGCAAUGGCAGACCCUCCUACCCAAAGAGGAACGGGGCAAGGGGAAGUGCCUAUCAAAACUCAAUCUGCAGAACGGACUAUCCAAGAAACCCGUCACGCCACAGAUUCAGGUGGAUGGCGCUGAUGACCGGAAGGAAGGUGACACAACCGGCAACGAGACAGACCGAGGCACGGGCCUUGGUGUGACCUCAAAGGCCCGGGAUGCUGCACCUCGAUCGACUGCUACCACUUCUAAGCCACGGACGGAAAAGGACGCCCCCAAGCGGGGCCCUAAGAGCAAGCCCGCCACCAACACCACUUUGGCAGGUCGGGUUACGAAGAAGACGGCCAGCAAGGCUCCACCCAAGACUGAGAGCAAGUUCAAAUCGGCAGAGUUCGUUUACGAUUCGGACGAGUCGGAUGAAAUUAUGCUCGAUGCUGCACCUCUGCCCGCUCCGGCUCCGGCUCAACGUCCCAAAGAGGAGGCGGCGGCUGUGCCCAAGAAGACCCCGGCCACGGUCAAAGCUCGCACCAAGGAAACAGCUCCUUCUGCGCCUACCUCCAAGGCCCCCAAGGUCCCCAAGACCGAGGCACCCACGCCCAAAUUGGAGUCUAGCAAGACAGCCUCCAAGCGACCACCGUCUCGGCCGUCCAUUUCCCCUCGAAAACCCUCGCCCCUCGGGUCCUCUCCUCCUACCAAUGCCUCCGAGGCGACCGGUCGCAGCCGCUCCGACAGCCAGAACCAGUCUUCCAGCUCGUCCUCGUCCCCACUUAUCUCGCAAAUUGCACGAGUCAACAAGACCACCGGAACUGCUGCUCGGCCUUCGAAGCCUGCUGUGCCGGCCAAGAGCCUCGGCAAGCCUGCAACUGCUGCCAACCCCUUGAAACGCAAGGCCGAGCCCGAGCGACUUGCAGCUCCCAGUACAGACGCACGCACCACGGUGAACCUUGAGCACAAACGCCGCCGAGCGGUGAGUACAUCGAGUGGGGGUAGCACGGGCAGUGCAUCUCCACCCAUGGGGCAGGAGCUCGCCCGGCAGCGACUGUACGAGAAGUCGCAAUGGUUCAAGCGGUUAUACGCGAAGUAUCAUACUCUCCAUGACGACCUUGCGGCACAGACAACUCCUUCACAGGUGCAGCUGGAUAAGCUGCGCGGAAUGCAUGAUAAACUCCAGGCCAUGAAACAAGAGAUUUGGGACGAGCAUCGAGGACUGCGUAAUGUCCGCUCAUGA